UUACCAAAACAGCGCGACUUUCAUUAUUUUGUGGUGCAUCUUGUGCCGGAGUCGAAUCCGUUUAACUACUCUGCGUAUAGCUGACUUGUUCGUUAUGAGAAUGUUUUUCUUUAUUUUUUUCCUUUAUUUAUUUUUACUAAAUAGUUUUGCGCAGUUUUGGCCUGCGUAGUUUUGGGCUUGCGCAGUUUUGGCCUGCGCAGUUUCGGUCGCGUAGUUUCGGUCGCGCAGUUUUGGCCUGCGCAGUUUUGGGCUGUACCCUACUCAAUGAUCGCGUUCCGGACAUUUUAUCUUUUCGACUUUUUUCUCAUUCCACUCUCUCAUUUAGUCAUUCUCUCUCGUUUUUUUAUAUUUUUUUGUGUUUUGUAUUUUUCAGUCUAUUUUUUAUAUUCCCCAGACAAUGCAAUUGCUUUUUCAAGCAGAAGAACGUCAAAAAUAAAGAAAUUUAUAUUUUUUGUUUAUUGGGACACGCGGCCCAUUUUUUAA